AGUACAGUAUAAAACUUCACAGUGCCAAUACCAUGAAGAGGAGCUCAGACAGCUCUUACCACAUGAUACAAGAGCCGGCUGGUGGAAGAGUGGGGACCAGAAAGAGAAUUUGCUGAAGAGGAGAAGGAAAAAAAAAAAAAAAAAAAAAAAAAAAAAAAAAAAACCAAAAAAAAAAAAAAAAAAAAGAAAAGAAAAAAAAACCUGUGCGUGAGGGGGGAGGAAAAGCAGGGCCUUUUAAAAAGGCAAUCACAACAACUUUUGCUGCCAGGAUGCCCUUGCUUUGGCUGAGAGGAUUUCUGUUGGCAAGUUGCUGGAUUAUAGUGAGGAGUUCCCCCACCCCAGGAUCCGAGGGGCACAGCGCGGCCCCCGACUGUCCGUCCUGUGCGCUGGCCGCCCUCCCAAAGGAUGUACCCAACUCUCAGCCAGAGAUGGUGGAGGCCGUCAAGAAGCACAUUUUAAACAUGCUGCACUUGAAGAAGAGACCCGAUGUCACCCAGCCGGUGCCCAAGGCGGCGCUUCUGAACGCGAUCAGAAAGCUUCAUGUGGGCAAAGUCGGGGAGAACGGGUAUGUGGAGAUAGAGGAUGACAUUGGAAGGAGAGCAGAAAUGAAUGAACUUAUGGAGCAGACCUCGGAGAUCAUCACGUUUGCCGAGUCAGGAACAACCAGGAAGACGCUGCACUUCGAGAUUUCCAAGGAAGGCAGUGACCUGUCAGUGGUGGAGCGUGCAGAAGUCUGGCUCUUUCUAAAAGUCCCCAAGGCCAACAGGACCAGGACCAAAGUCACCAUCCGCCUCUUCCAGCAGCAGAAGCACCCGCAGGGCAGCUUGGACACAGGGGAAGAGGCCGAGGAAGUGGGCUUAAAGGGGGAGAGGAGUGAACUGUUGCUCUCUGAAAAAGUGGUAGACGCUCGGAAGAGCACCUGGCAUGUCUUCCCUGUCUCCAGCAGCAUCCAGCGGUUGCUGGAUCAGGGAAAAAGCUCCCUGGACGUUCGGAUUGCCUGUGAGCAGUGCCAGGAGAGUGGCGCCAGCCUGGUGCUCCUGGGCAAGAAGAAGAAGAAAGAAGAGGAGGGGGAUGGGAAAAAGAAGGGUGGAGGUGAAGGUGGGGCAGGAGCAGAUGAGGAGAAGGAGCAGUCGCACAGACCUUUCCUCAUGCUGCAGGCCCGGCAGUCUGAAGACCACCCUCAUCGCCGGCGUCGGCGGGGCUUGGAGUGUGAUGGCAAGGUCAACAUCUGCUGUAAGAAACAGUUCUUUGUUAGUUUCAAGGACAUCGGCUGGAAUGACUGGAUCAUUGCUCCCUCUGGCUAUCAUGCCAACUACUGCGAGGGUGAGUGCCCGAGCCAUAUAGCAGGCACAUCCGGGUCCUCACUGUCCUUCCACUCAACAGUCAUCAACCACUACCGCAUGCGGGGCCACAGCCCCUUUGCCAACCUCAAAUCAUGCUGUGUGCCCACCAAGCUGAGACCCAUGUCCAUGUUGUACUAUGAUGAUGGUCAAAACAUCAUCAAAAAGGACAUUCAGAACAUGAUCGUGGAGGAGUGUGGGUGCUCAUAGAGUUGCCCAGUCCAGGGGGAAAGGGAGCAAGAGUUGUCCAGAGAAGACAGUGGCAAAAUGAAGAAAUUUUUAAGGUUUCUGAGUUACCAGAUAAAUAUAAAUUAAAAAAACAAAAAAACAAAAAAACAAAAGUAAAUUAAAAACAAAACCUGAUGAAACAGAUGAAGGAAGAUGUGGAAAAAAAUCCUUAGCCAGGGCUCAGAGAUGAAGCAGUGAAAGAGACAGGAAUUGAGAGGCAAAGGGAGAAUGGAGUACCCUUUAUUUCUUCUGAAAUCACACUGAUGACAUCAGUUGUUUAAAUGGGGUAUUGUCCUUUCCCCCCUUGUGGUUCCCUUGUGAGCCUUGAGUCAACUAAUCUAGUCUGCAGUAGUGUGGACUAGAGCAACCCAAAUAGCAUCUAGAAAGCCAUGAGUUUGAAAGGGCCCAUCACAGGCACUUUCCUACCCAAUUACCCAGGUCAUAAGGUAUGUCUGUGUGACACUUAUCUCUGUGUAUAUCAGCAUACACACACACACACACACACACACACACACACACACACAGGCAUUCCCACACAUUACAUAUAUACACAUACUGGUAAAAGAACAAUCGUGUGCAGGUGGUCACACUUCCUUUUUCUGUACCACUUUUGCAACAAAACAAAACAAAACAAACAACAUUAAAAAAUUGAGAACAAGUAUGGAAAGAAUGAAAGAUCAAGGAAAAAAGAAUACCAAGUUACAUUUCGUUAAGGUGCUUAUGAUCUUAGAACUAUGCAACCUAAUAGGUUUGAAACUGUUUACCUGAGAGAGAACAAAAAGAGAGACUUUUUUGUAUUGGAAGUAAUCUGAUUAAUUUUUAUUUUCUUCAAGGAGAGAUACUUGAAAGGAAUAUGUUUGUCCAUCUGUUGGAUCCAAACAUUUCUAUAUUUUGUAAA